CCGCGAUUGUUUGUUCUUUUCAACAAACUUCUCACUGAACGUUGAUUUACUCUAGCAUUGCUUUCUACUAUAAUAGCACCAGUAUAAUCAUGGCUGCAGACAGUGUUCCGGCUGCAGAACCACAGUUUGCCCAUCAAAAGACCAAGGAGGAGCGCGCCUUUGUUUGGCGUCUCGACGUCUUCCUCCUCACCUUUGGCUGUAUUUCUCAGAUCAUCAAAUAUCUCGAUCAGUCCAACAUUAGCAAUGCCUACGUCUCUGGUAUGAAGGAGGACCUCAACCUCACAGGCAACGAGCUAAACUACUUCACUACUUGGUUCAACGUCGCGUACUGUCUCAUGCUUAUCCCGUCGCAAAUCAUCAUGACCUACGUCCGCCCAAGCUGGUGGCUGCCCUCUGUCGAGAUUGUCUGGGGUGUCAUUACCGGCCUCAUCGCCAUCACAUCCAACGCCAACCAAGUCUACGUCCUGCGCGUCUUCCUCGGCCUCUGCGAAAGUGCCGCGUAUCCUGGCAUGAUUACCCUCUUCAUGGCUUGGUACACCCCGCUUGAGAUGGCCAAGCGUAUCGGCUUUUACCACUCGUGCCAAGCCAUCGGCGGAAUGUUCUCCGGCGCUCUUCAAGCCGCUAUUGUGAGCACCAUUGACAACCACAACGGCAUUGCUGGCUGGCGCUGGCUUUUCAUCGUCAAUGCGCUCAUUACUGUCGUCUGGGGCAUUGCUGGCUACUUUAUGAUUCCUGAUUUCCCACAGAAGCCCAACCCAUGGGCGUUCUGGUUUAAGGCAUCGUACGGCGAACAUGCGAGAGCCCGCUUGGCCAGAACCAACAGAACCGACACCAAAAAGAUGACGUGGACUGGUGCCAAGCGCGUCUUUACUGGCUGGAUGGCAUAUACCAUUGGCAUUCUCUACAUUGCCAUGGUGCUCGGAGUUUCUGGAAACAACUACUUUGGCUUGUUCCUGAAAUGGGUCAAGAAUGCGGAUGGCACUCCGCGAUGGAGCAAGGCUGAAGUCAAUGCAAUCCCUAUUGCCGCGUCAGCUAUUACUGUUGCAACUGGUUGGAUGUGGGCAUACAUGUCCGAUAUGAUGCAGACUCGAUGGACGCUCAUUGUUGCUCAAGCCGCGAUUGCGAUGAUUGUUGGUGUCAUGAUGACUGUAUGGACCACACACCCCGACACAACGUCUAUUGGCACUGCGUACGCCGGCAACUUUAUCAUCAAUAUUGCUCUCGGCACAGCGCCACUCAUCUGGUCGUGGCUCUCGGAUCUCCUCCCUAAUGAUCCCGAAGGCCGAACGCUCAUUGUCGGCGCAUCUAUUGCCGGAUACUACGCCAUUUCCGCGUGGAGCCAAGUGCUUCUGUGGCCUGCAAGCCAAGCCCCUCUCUACAAAUAUGGCUGGCAGUCGUCAAUCGCCCUAUUGGCUCUUGUUAUCAUCUUGACUGUCCUACUGCGCGUCGUUGACGUGCGAGUCCUUCGGCCCAAGAGAAUUGCGAACGCAACUGGUACUACUACUGUCGAAAACUUGGGUAAAGGGGACGACGUGGCAGUUAAAGUCAGUGAAACGUAA